AGACUCAACUGUCUUCUUUCUGUAGAUGUUUGAAUUGAACCCAUCAGAAUGAGAUAGAUUGCCCGGUAACCUUUUUUUAUAAAUCGGACGCCAACUUCCUCCUCGUGCACUGAUGCUGGUUUUCUUUGUCGCACCACGUCCUCACUGACAUCCACCACAGAUCAGAGCCAGCAGGGCAGGAAGGGCAGCAGAGAUGAAUAAAGAAAACUCUUACUUCACCUUUUAUCAACAUCGGCAUCUCUGCGAUGCUGUACUAAAAGUGGGUGACGCUGAAUUUCACGUACACAAGAUCAUUUUGUACGCUUGCAGCCCAUACUUCAGGAAUCUUUUCACUCUCUGGUCAGAUCCAGACUGUUGGAUCUAUGACAUAACCGAUGUGUCACCUGAAACAAUGAGCCUCAUCGUCAAGUUUUUUUACACUGGAUUUGCUCCGGUCACAGAGGCCAACGCCAAAGAGCUGUUUAUAACGGCGGAUCGCUAUGACAUACCCGGCCUCAUGCAAGUCUGCUCCAACUUUUUGGUGAAAGAACUGAAGAUAGAGAACUGUAUCAGCAUCUGGUUGUUGGCAGACUCGUAUUACUACCCUGAACUGAGACGAAAGGCUUUCUCCUACAUCCUGACUCAUUUUGAGAUGGUAGCUGUGAUCUCUAAACAGUUCCCUCUUCUCUCUGUUCAGCAUCUCGUUCAAAUCAUUCAGUGCGAUCAACUCCUCGUGAAGAGGGAAGAAACCGUGUACGAAGCCAUCCUAAAAUGGAUCUCAUAUUCACUGGAUGAACGAAAAGAAUACAUUUCUCUGCUCUUCCCACACGUCAGACUUGCUUUAAUGGAUCCAAUGUACAUCUGCAAAAAAGUGGUGAGAACCCAAAGCGUGUGCUCAAGCGAAGAGUGUCAACUGAUCAUCCUCAAGACGCUGGACGCGCUCCUUCACAACGCCGCAAAAAAGUUCCUUAAAACCACUGCCUGGUACCCUCUGAUUCCUCCCCGAUACCCCCCCGCCUUGAUAUACGCUAUAGGAGGUUGGAGUAACGGCAGCCCCAUUAGCACCAUCGAGGCGUACGACCCCCGCACCGACCACUGGGUAAAUCUAAGCUUCACAGAGGACGUUCCCCGUGCUUACCACGGAUCCGUUGCACUCAAUGGGUAUAUUUACUGCAUUGGUGGAUAUGACAGAGUGACACAGCUCAGCUCUGUGAGCAAGUUCAACCUGAAGACAAAAACCUGGCAGGAGGUGUCACCAAUGCACAUCAAACGCUGCUUCGUAAGCGUAACAGUGUUGGAUGGAAUCAUCUACGCAUUGGGAGGAUACAACGGCCUCAGAAGAGUUGAAAGUGCUGAACGCUAUGACCCCAGAAGAAACCAGUGGACAUACAUUUCAUCAAUGCACGAACAAAGAAGUGAUGCCAGUUGUGUAUCCUUCAAUGGGAAGGUGUACAUCUGUGGAGGCUUCACAGGGAUGCACUGUCUAUCAACAGUUGAGUGUUACAACCCAAGAAAUAACCAGUGGACAAUGAUGGCCUCCAUGAGGAGCAGGCGCAGUGGCAUUGGGGUUGCCGUCUACGCAAACCAAAUAUUUGCGAUUGGUGGCUUCAAUGGAACGGAUCGCUUGAGAUCUGCCGAGGCUUACAAUCCCGUCACCAAUUCCUGGCACAAAGUGAGCCCCAUGCUGAGUCCUCGCAGCAACUUUGGCAUCACAGUGACCAACGACUGCCUCUUUGUUGUGGGAGGCUACAACGGCAACCGCACCACCCAGGAAGUGGAAUUCUUCAACGCCGCAACUAAGCAGUGGGUUGAUGCCCGUGACAUGGUGGUUACCCGCAGCGCACUGAGCUGCUGCUUGGUGGAAGGACUUAACGACAUCGUGGAUUACAUCACACCAUUUGUCCCCGUUCCCGGACGAUUUGAUAUAGUGUUCUAGAUGGAGCGAUGAAAUGCCACGCAUAGUAAUGCGAUGAUAAAUAAACCUUGGUGCUUCCAUUUUU